AAUCGAUUGAAACUUCAAAAUUCAUAUGUAUAAUUCAUCAUCUCGAACAAUCAGAAUGAAUAUUCUCAAUGCAAUCAGAUUAUAUCUCUAAUCAUCUGAGAUUCACCCAUUCAAGGAGAUAAGACAGUGAAACAAUAAUUAGAUGAUUUAAUCGGCUCGAAUGAUAUCUUCAAACCUUUCGAUCAGUUGGGAAUAGUCUAAUAUUUUUUUUUACUGUUUGAACAUCAGAAUCAGAAGGUUAAGUUUUGACUACAAUAUGAAGACGGAAAUCAGAGUUGAAAAUGCAACUGAGAAGGCAGAGUUACCAGUUCCUGGACUAGGUGUGAGACAUAUUCAAGUUGGUCUGCUGUUCUCACUUCUUGCGAUUGCCUAUGGCAUGCGUGUGAAUUUAUCAGUAGCAAUUGUUGCUAUGACGGAUGUCAGCACGUCAAGCAAUCCCGAUGUACCGAAAGCUAAACGUGACAAUGCAGAAGCUGAUGCUACCCACUUUGAUAACACGAGCAUAGUUAGUAUCAGAUUAGCCCUUAAUGGUGAAUAUUGGCCUAAUGAGAGAAUGCAGCUGGAUUUCACUAAACAAGACUACACCCUUGCUUACUACAACUAUACCAGGUUCUAUUCGAGCUAUUCACAUUCGACGGAGGUUCACCCAAUUUUGGAUUAUGGGGAAUUCAAACAGCAUGCAUUAUUUGUGAUUGAUUGCUCGAGGCAGGAAGAGACCAUGAAAUCAUCGACAGUUGAUAUAAAGCUUGAAAUCGAAGCCGAUAAAGGAUUCCCUGCUGACACCAAAGCCUAUUGCAUCAUCGUACAUGACUGUCUGCUAGAGUACUUCCCUCUAACGGAAGUCGUCAGAACCUUGAUUUGA